AUGACUAUUAAUGAGUUUACCAUUGCGUCUAACAAGUUACAUCCAGAAAUCAUAUUUGUACUCAUACUUACAAAUAAUCAUUGGAUUGAAAUCUAUUCGGCUAAAUCACUCAAAAAUGAACCUCUCUUUAGUCUUCAUCUUCGUUCUCCAGCACGAGUUCAUUCAACACCUAAUAGCAUUUUUUACAUUUUGACAGACAAUGGUAUCGUAUAUUCUAUUAUUCAACAAGUUACAUCUGAACAAGAAAUUCAAUUCAAUCAAGCAACCAAUAUUCAAUUGAAGAUUCAAUGUUCGAUAAUGUUCAGCUCGGUAUUAACUCUCAAUGGAUUAGAAAGUCUUAUUGUUUUUGCUGAUAAUGGACAAUCGUUGGUGAUCUGGACCAUGGAACGAAUUAUCUAUAUUGACAUAGAUAUUGCACCUUAUGUUUCAUCGUCACAAUUGAAAUCUAUGACUGGUGAACGAACAUAA